UCGACAUCCCCCUCCGGAUCUGGCCAUGGCACUUCCUUCGCCCUCUUCUGCUGGCCAGGCUCCCUGGAGGACCUUGUCUUCAGAGGAGCUGGAGAAGCAAUACUCACCCAGCAGAUGGGUCAUCCGCAUGAAACCAGAGGAAGUUGUUGGGAACUUCGUGCAGAUAGGAAGCCAGGCCACCCAGAAGGCCCGGGCCACCAAGAAGAACCAUCUGGAUGUCCCUUAUGGAGACGGUGUAGGGGAGAAAAUGGAUAUCUACUUUCCCAAGGAGGAUUCCAAGGCUUUCCCUCUCUUCCUGUUCUUGCAUGGAGGAUACUGGCAGAGCGGAAGUAAAGAUGACUCGGCCUUCAUGGUAAACCCACUGACGGCACAGGGGAUCACGGUGGUGAUAGUGGCUUAUGACAUUGCACCCAAAGGCACACUGGACCAGAUGGUGGACCAGGUGACCCGCAGUGUCGUGUUUCUGCAGAAGCGCUAUCCAAGCAAUAAGGGAAUCUACCUCUGUGGACACUCUGCAGGAGCGCACCUGGCUGCCAUGGUACUCCUGGCUAACUGGACCAAGCAUGGUGUCACGCCCAACCUCCAAGGCUUUCUCCUGGUGAGUGGGAUUUACGACCUGGAACCCAUCAUAUCUACCUCCCAGAAUGACCCUCUGCGCAUGACCCUGGAAGAUGCUCAGAGAAACAGCCCACAGCGACACUUGGAGGUGGCUCCAGCACGGCCUGUGGUUCCAGCCUGCCCUGUGCUGGUGCUUGUGGGUCAGCAUGACUCCCCAGAGUUCCACCGGCAGUCCAAGGAGUUCUGUGAGACGCUCCGCCGCGUAGGAUGGAAGGCCUCUUUUCAGCAGCUGCGUGGUAUGGAUCACUUUGACAUCAUAGAGAAUCUGACCAGGGAGGAUGACACGCUCACUCAGAUCAUUUUGAAAACAAUCUUCCAGAAGUCGUGAAGACACCCGGUCCCCAGCCUGUAUGUACCUCAGAGAGCCUCCAGAAAAGAGGAGACUAUUCCAUCUCACACUGGCUUGCCUGUCCACCUGUAUGGUCUCCCUGCUGUGAACACCAUCUCCUCUCCUGCCAUUCUUCAACCCAUCCAGAUGGAGCUCCAGGGAAAGCCUGCCAAUUGUCACUGGGAGAUGCACAUAGCCACCACCUGGCCAAAUCUGCC